GAGGACACCGUUACCUUCUCAAAACGGGACGCCUUCAUUACAAACUCCGUUACAACCGAUGAUGGAUCCUGGUUUUAUACAAAAUGCUCCGCCAAAUUUUUGUUAUUGGCAUCCUCAACCAAUACUGGUACCCCAGUAUGGCACUGCAGCAACACCUCAGAGCUAUGUUCCUGCAAGUGUCAACCGCGCACAACCCACUCAGACGGCUAGUGUAGGCGGUGCCGCUGCAAUGAUGCCUCUGGAUCAACAACAAUACGUGGAGGUAAUAUGGAAUCCCGUUCCUCAGCAUCAUUAUGCAUCGACUCCUGCUCAAUAUUAUUCACCUAAUUCUUCAGGUACAAUGGCAUUGCAAUAUCAACAGAUUUCACAACAACAAUUUUUCAGAAAUACUGAAGAUCAAUAUCAA